GCCGGUUGGAAUAUGUUACAAAAGGAAGAUAUGACAAACUGGUUUUGGAAAAAAUAAAUCAUUUCUGUUAAAUCCGUCUUCUUCCUCGACAGAUUAUUGUUUUCAAAACCCUAUCUAAUUCACUGUUCACUGGUCACGGUCUUUGUCUUCUUCCAUUUGGAAAUGCUAAACAGUGAGUUUAAGCUCUAUACUCAUUUUGCGAGCCAAAAAGAAGAGGCAAAUAUUGGUGGCAGUUUCGUCUCCUACCUCUUGAAGCUCUGUCCGUUAUUCUGUAUUUGUGAUUGAGAAAGCAACAAAGGAUUCAUAAAAGGGAAAAGAAACGAUGUCAAAGAUUGAUAAGAGUGGCAGGUUUUGCAGCCGAGCUGUGCCUACGUUUCCUUAUGAGAAAGUAAGUUUCGUUUUGAAUCGAACUGCAGCAAACUGGGGUGUCGUUGAAACUUGGGAGAACACAAGCGGGUCUUCUGUAACCGGAGCCUAAACCCACUUUAACACAUGCUAUGUACUAUUCAAGCUUUCUCUGUCGAGAAGCCACUGCUAUGGUCUAUACUUUUUUCUGUUUCAAUAAUUACUCACCAUAUCUCCAACAGAAUUAUUCAGUUUAUUUUCUCCGUUUACGUUUCUCUCUGUCUUUCCGGCUUUUGAGAUUAUCUAAUUUCAGCUGUGGGUGUGGUAUUGAAUUACAAGUUUCUAGCUACCGUUGAUGAGGGGGUCAAUUUCAAUAAGAAAUGUAGCAUUAAAGCUGAUGCAUGCAAGAAAGGGCAAUACCAGAUUUUUCUCAUCAUUUACCUUAUCUCCUUGUGAAGAAGAGGAUGGAGUUUCCCCUUCUGCAGGUUUUUCUCUUUUGCCAAAACCCAACUCGAAUAUUCUUGAUCAUCAUAAUUCAGAGGUGAAUGAUUGUUGGAAUCUGGGUUCUACAACUGAAUCUAGUAAUGGUUUGAAUCAGUUUAGUGUCCUUAGCGUUCUUAAUGAUAUGUUUGAGGAGAGUUUCAAGGCUGCAUUUGCACUUUACUUCUUUAGGUUGUCAGACAGUUGCUCUGGAUUUGAGUGUACCGUUAGAUCAGCAUGCAGACUAAUAUUUAUUUUGGUUUCUGGGAAUAUGAAUUAUAGAGCAGUAGAUUUAAUUCAAUUUUUUGCAAGAAACAAAGGUGGAGAAGUCAGUGAGGAGGAAUUUUGUGAUUUAUUAUUCACACUGUUGUAUGAAUCCAGUUUUGACACUAAGGCUUUGCAAACUGUAUAUAGCAUGCUUGUUGGCUGUUAUGUUAGUGAGAAAAAAGUGAAUUUGGCUUUGCAAUUAAUAAAUAAAAUGAAGCUUCUUUACAUUUUUCCUUCAAUGGGGGUCUGUAAUUCGCUACUUCAGGCAUUAUUAGGAUUACAGCAAUUGGACCUAGCAUGGGACUUUUUGGAAGAAAUGAAGAGUCAAGGGAUGGUUCUGAAUGCAUCUAUUUUCAGCUUGUUUAUUAGCCGUUAUUGUGCUGAAGGUAAGGUACAAAUUGGUUGGAAUUUGCUCACUUUAAUGAAAAAUUAUGGGAUUAGACCUGAUAUUGUUGCAUAUACAAUUUUGAUAGAUGCGCUAUGUAAAAUGACUUGCUUGAAAGAGGCCACUUCCCUGUUGUUCAAAAUGUUUCACUGGGGAAUUUCUGUGGAUUCAGUUUUAGUUUCUUCAGUUAUUGAUGGGUAUUGUAAAAUGGGGAAGUUAGAGGAAGCAGUAUAUUUAUUAAAAUACUUCAAAUUCAGACCUAAUAUUUUUGUGUACAACAGCUUCUUAUCGAAGCUAUGUACAGAUGGUAACAUGAUUCAAGCUUCUAAGAUUUUUCUUGAAAUGUUUGAGUUGGGUUUGCACCCAGAUUGUUUUUCCUAUACUACAAUAAUUGGAGGAUAUUGUAAAGUAAAAGACAUAAAUAAAGCUUUUCAGUAUUUGGGGAAAAUGUUGAAGUGUGGAAUCAAGCCAUCUGUUACUACAAUAACAUUGCUUAUUGAUGCAUGUUGCACGUCUGGAGAUAUAGAAAUGGCAGAAUAUUUGUUUCAGAGGAUGAUCCUUGAGGAUUUGGUACCUGAUAUUGUUACAUACAAUUGUCUAAUUGAUGGCUGUGGAAAGAAGGGUUACUUGCAAAAGGCUUUUGAAGUUUUGGAUAUCAUGAGGUCUGCUGGCAUAUGUCCUAAUGCUGUAUCCUAUAAUGCGCUUGUUCACGGUCUGAUUACAAGAGGAUUCGUGAAUGAAGCAAAAGAUAUUUUAGAAGAACUUAUCAGGAGGGAUUUCUCCCCUGAUGUGGUAACUUUCACUAAUGUUAUAGAUGGAUAUUCCAAGAAGGGUGACUUUGAGGAAGCAUUUUUUGUAUGGUUAUAUAUGAGUGAGCACCAGGUGAAACCUGAUGUUGUCACAUGCAGUGCAUUACUUAAUGGUUAUUGCAGGGCACGUCGCAUUGAUGAAGCCAACGCUCUGUUUCAUAAGAUGCUUGAUAUUGGGCUUAAGCCAGAUCUCAUAUUGUAUAACACUCUCAUACGUGGAUUUUGUGUUGUUGGAAACAUGGAUGCUGCAUGCAACUUGGUGUCUACGAUGAUUAAUGAUGGUAUUUUUCCAAAUAAUAUUACCCAUUGGGCACUUGUUCUCGGAUUUGAAAAGAAGUGGGCUAAGAAUCCCGAACUAAGUGCAGCUUUUAAAAUGCAGCAAAUUCUAUUGAGGCAUGGUAUUUGUGUUGAUGUUAAUGAGUAUUUAGCAAUGGUACAUCAACCCACCAGCUAAAAUGUUGAGAGUUUUGCUGAAUGAAAAAUUCUCAAAAGCCAUCAAGUUUUUCAAAGACAUGGUAUGCAGGGCAAUGCUAUGUGCUUAUAGCAUAAGCUAUCCUACAAGACCACAACCACCUUUCAGCUGAGCUGCCUGGGAAUCCUGGGGUGAAUCUGAGAGAAGCUACCUUUCCUAAACCAUUUAUAAAAAUCAGAGUUUUCAUCAUGAGAUUAAUGUAUCUCAUAUUGGUCCCUUUCUAAACCAUUAGUGGUUACUUCUAACAAUAUUUAUUGGAGAUGGGGAAAUCUGAAGCAGAGAUCACCCUAGCGUUGUUAGUCACAGUAAUGCCUAAAAGCUACUGCUAUUUCAUGCCUGAUGGGAUGACACAAAAUCCCCCAUUACAACAGCCAAGAACUCCCAUCUUGUUAUUUAUUGAUUGAAAAGUUUCUAGAUUAUUACGAUUUCCACCAUCUAAGGCAAGAAUCUGGUGGUCAAUGCCGGCUGAAACCAUGCUCUAUGAUGUACAAAACCCGUAUCGAGUCCCUUGAAGAUCUUAUAUUGUAUUACUGCUGUCUUUGCUGAGAUUAGAAUGGCAAGUAUUGUGGUGGAGACAAAUAUUCUGGGCAUGUUGUCCUGUUGACUCUAUUUGUCGCAAAUUGCUAAACUUCAAUUAUAUUACAUUUCAUAUCAUCGAUUGUCAUGACCAGCAUAGCCAAAGAUAGAAGUUGAAUCAAGCUAGGCAUGAUGAUUUAUAUAGUUCAGCUAAUAACUCCAGUAGGUAUUUCUACUGAGUUGUUUGGGACUGGAACUGGAUCAUUCUAACUCAUUAUUUCAGAUUCUCGCACAUAGUUGCUUUGUUGCAGUGAAACUUUUGUCUAAAAAGCGAUAUACAUUUUGUAUUUGCCAA